AUGUUGACAGCGAUAAUUGAGGUAAAUUUACUAUUAUCUGAUAAACUACUUGGAAUGACUUUCGCUAUUGGCUUGCAAGUGGAUGCAACCUCAUUGACUUUAAAAGCUUUGGAGAGGCUCAAGGACCUUUACUGUAACAUUGCGCAAGUACCUUUGCCACAGAAUGCCCGCUUACGGCGUCACGGGAAAUAUUUUGAAAUUUCUUCGGUUUGGACGAGUCGUGCAGUAGAGUUAAAGAAAACGGUAAAAAUACAGCGUUCAAGUUUGAUCGUACCAAAAACUGAUGAACCGAACAUAUACGAGCUCAUUUCGACAACAUCGUUACCACUCACUGGCAUAGAGGAAGAAGUAAUAGCUUUUUCCCAGAGCGAUUUAAGAUGCGCCACGCUUAUCACUUUACCUAAUGGCAAGGAAAAAAAACAAUAUAUUAAGGUAUUCGACCAGAAGGAGCAUAUUGAAAUUUGCUUCGCUAAUGUAACAUCACCGAAAAAGCAUGGUCUGAUUUAUAGUGAUGAAGAAUUUGGCGGCUUGAAAUGGUCUAAUGGCGAGGGUCAUUUAUUAUAUGCAGCUGAAAAGUUUUUAAAAAAAAACGAAUACUACGAUGCAGAAUUGGAUUGGACUAACGAAGAAAAGUUUCUCGAAUCUAAUGUUGGCGAUAAGUAUGAACUUAUUGAAAGCUGGGGUGAACAGCGAUAUAAAAUUCGGCAACCAGUGUUAUCUGUAUUUGAUGUUAUGAGUGGCAAUAUUACUUUACUGGAUCAAAUACCUGAUAGUAUCACUCCUGCUUUUUAUAUUUGGAGUCCGAAUGAUGAAGGAAUUGUGUUUUUUGGAAUUCAGAAUGCUCCUGUCAAAUUGGGAAAAAUAUAUUGCAAUAACAGAGAAGGAACAUUGUUCUAUUACCAGUUGAAUUCAGCAAAAUUAAUUCCAUUGAGUGAUAAAAAUGUUUCAAUCGAAGGACUAUCAUUUUCUCCAGAUAAAUCUAAAUUGAUUUAUUUUCAACGCCAACCUGGUGGACCUCAUUGUGCAUCAGUUUCUUGUCAGUUGAUCGACUGGAAUAGAACCGAACAACAACUACUAGUCCCAAUCAUCAUUACAGUCAGUGGUAUUGUUCUUAAUCGUGAACAAUUCCCUGGACUGUAUGCCGUGCAGUUAGUCGAUAGAUCGUGGUCCAGUGACAAUAAACGAGUAUUUGUUUCAACUGUGUGGGGUUCUAAAAGAGAAAUUAUAACUAUCAACACGGAAACAGGAAAGUUAGACAAAGUCACGAAUAAUGGUGCCUUUCAUGGAAGUUGGACGGUGCUUGAUGUAAAUGAAGAUUGUUUGGUAGCGGCUUGUAGCGCGCCAAAUCGUCCUCCAACUAUCCUUGUUGGUCAUAUUCCAGAAGCCGAUUCGAAACAAAUGAUUAUAUGGACCAGGCUUGAUAAUAGCUCAGCUGUUGAAGUUCGCUUGAAAUUGCUCGGUUUUUCAUGGAAGUUGAUAGAUUUCGAUAGAGGAGUUCGAGGUUCAUAUGAAGGUCUACUCUAUAUUCCAAAUGAAACCGAUAUUGUUCCACUAGUUGUAAUACCUCAUGGUGGACCACAUAGUGUCACAAUUGCUAGUUGGCCAAGGCGUGAGAUUCUGUUGUUGUUGAACUCCGGUUAUGCAUUGCUUUUCGUAAAUUAUCAUGGAUCACUUGGAUUUGGUAACGAUUUCGUAAAUUCAUUGCCUGGUAACUGUGGUGAUUUGGACGUUAAAGAUGUUCAUUUUGCUGUUCAAACAGUGUUAAACAUGGAAUCAAGGUUAGAUCGUUCGCGAAUUGCAGUAUAUGGUGGUUCACACGGUGGUUUUAUUGUCAGUCAUCUGAUUGGACAAUUUCCUGACUUCUACAAAGUGUGCAUUGCUCUAAAUCCUGUUUUAAAUAUUGCAGGUAUCAGUUUAUCUCUUUUACAUCACGCAAUGUAUGAUUUAUCAGACAUCCCGGAUUGGUCAGUCGUGGAGGGUCUCGGGCGAAGUGUAAAUGGUUGGCAGAAAAUGUUGACCGCGGAAGACCGUGAGAAAAUGUACCAGAGUUCGCCGAUUGCUCAUGUUGAAAAGGUUGUUACACCAUACUUACUUUUGAUCGGUGAAAAAGAUUUACGUGUUGUAAAUCAUUAUCGAGCUUUCAUUCGUAAUCUAAAUGCACGCGAAAUUCCUAAUAAAAUUCUGUCGUAUCCAGAAGCGUGUCAUUCUCUGGAAGAAGUUGAUGUGGAGGCAGAUUGCGCAAUCAACAUCGUUCGUUGGCUUGAUAAGUAUCUCCAUCAAUGA